CGAAACAUCUAUGUUCGCUUGAUUUCAGUCGUGAUGAUAAGGUUCGAGGAAAGUGGUCGCACAAGAAGUUUGCUGAGAAGUACAAACUAGGAGACCCUAUCGCAUGCAAUUUUUUUCGAGUACGAUGGGUGAAAAGUCUAGAAGACAAUGACACCCAUGUAGUGUAGAAGAAAUGAGGAAACUUUAGAAAACAAUUAUCUCGUUAAAUUGAACAGGCCCACUCAUCGAAUGCAUCCACGAUAAGGAUGAAAAACAAAAAGAGGAACAUUUUAAUUGACGGCUCGUGUGCCUCUCGAGAGAUUGCCACGUCAAAAUAAUCUCAGCUCACAGAUAUAGUGAUUGGAGACAAGUAUAAGAGCUCUCCCCUCUGAAAAUAUAUGUAUAUCAUGUUUGAAUGCCUUAGGUCAGACUGGCCUUUUGAUUGCGCGUUUGUCUGUGUAGGUGAUUGGAAUGACAUGCAGUAAAUGCUUGUUUUUAUUUGGACUUUGGGCACUGUUUAGCCACGUGACGGGGCAGACGGGGCACGCAACGACUGAGGAUGAUGCUCUCUUGGUUUACACACCUCACCCGAACCUUCAGAAUUCACUCCGAGAGCAUCUCAUUAUUCCAGAUCUGCUCAAAAUUGGCCCGGAAUAUGUACUUGAUUUGAAUUAUGGGAACAAAUCAGUCUCAUUUGGAAAUAAAUUUACUCCUGAGGAAUUGGAAAAUGAGCCCACAUCCUUGCAUUGGACCUGUCGUGAGGACGCUUUCCACACUUUGAUCGUAGUAGGUCUUGAUGCUCCAGCUCAGAAAAAUCACACAGAUAGAGAAUGGAAGCACUGGAUAGUAGGCAAUAUACCUGCAAAUAAUAUCACUGCUGGCGAAACAAUAGUUCCUUAUCAAGGAGUGGGAUUUUCUUUUGAAAACGGUCCGCAUAGAAUGGUGUUCAUGGUCUACGAACAGCCCUGGCAAAAUACAAUAGAUUUCUCCGAAAAAAUUCUUGCAGAAAGCCCUAUUCGACCAAGAUUUGACACUAGAAAAUUUGCCGACAAGUACAGUAUUGGAGAUCCUAUCGCAGCUAAUUUCCUCAUCUGUGAAACUAAUUGGCCCGCACCAACAAAACUGACUCUGUAAUUUUUAGUUUGCGUUUUUACUAUCAUUCAUUCCUCUCAUUAUCGUACAGGACACGACAGAAAAUGCAUUCACUUUAUAUGCAUUACAUGUACGUUUCAAGACAGUAAUCACUAUUUAGUUACUUUUCCUUUAAUUUAAAGUGUAAAUCAAUGAACUAAUUUAAUAUUUGUAAGAAUAUUCCACAAUAUCACAUUUGAAAUCCAUUUUCAAACAUAAAUAGAAAUUAGACACACAAGAUACGGAAAUACUUUUUUUCCUGGUGGGUUCUAAUCCAGCCCCCAGGAACAAGGGUGGAUCUAAGGGGUUCAGAAAAGGAAUCUGUUUUAUUUUUAGGUAUUUUGUUGCUUUCCACAAAGAGUAGUCUGGAGUGGGGGUGUGGAUGAGGCCUUCUAAAAAUUAUAAGUUCACUGCUGUCUGAAUUCAGAAAUGCGAUUUGUUGUGAUUCUAUUGACUUUGUUGAAGUAAAUUCUAUCGAGAUAGUGUCUAGAUUUUUGCCAUUUAGCUCUUAGUCUACGUCUUUCCUUAAUAAGAUCACAGAGUUCAGGAGGCAGAUUUUGGCCACUGUUUGUGUAUUUUAUCGUCGGGGACGCAUCUGAGGUGGCUGAAACGAUUAUUUCUGCAAUAUCUCCAGCUCCCCUUUCGAGUUUUUCUAUAGUGUCAAUUAGGCUAAGAGAGAGUUUCCCACUGACUAAAUUCCCUAAAAUCCAAGUUAGUUUUGUUAUUGGUACCUUACUUGACUACGCUUCUCAAGGAUUACAUUAUGAUGUAAGGCAAGUCUAAUGGGGAUAUGAUCCGAGUUAAGCUCUAUCUCUGAGCCAACGGCAAUAUAACUGCCGGAGAUAUUGCGGGUAAUAAAAAGUUCGAGAACUUAAAAAAUGAAAGGUAAAUAAUGUGUAAGAAACACACAAAAUUUUCACGAUAUGUGUAUUUAUAUUAUUUUAAAAACAUAUCUGUGUAUUUCGUAAAAAGAAAAGAAAAUGAUUUCCAGGGAUAUCCGUAAAAAGGUAAGGCAAUUUGUUACUGUCAUGAAGAAUACUUCAAAUGUCAUUAGUAAAUUCACCUCUAACAAAAAAAAAUUAUAUUACAAAAAAUAAAUUUUUAUUUUCACAAUUA